AUGAGGGACGCGGUGAAGCGGAAGGAUGCCAAGGUGGCGGAGAACAAGUUCCUGAGCUCGCCGGGGGAGAUCGGAAAGCGGUUCAUCAUGAAGGUCUUCUGGGCGGACGGAGCGGACGACAUUAGGUGUGCCCGAGAACCGCAGUUGUUGUUGGUGGUGGAGGACAACGAUGGCCUGUCGCCUCUGGGUUGGAAACCCCCUAAACCCCUGGCACGUGGAGGGGCGACGAAGGAGGCGGAGACACACGAGCACCCUCCGGACCACGAGGAUAAAACCGGAGACGAUGCCGCCGUCGCCGUGGACGGAAUCGAAACACCACCGCUGGUACCGGCCCCUGCCCAGCAGGUUGUGGAUGUCGAGGAGAUCGAUGUCGACGAAAAGGAGUGGGUCGCCGCCGGUGGCGACGGUGGCAGUGGCGGUGGCGGUGCCGACGGCGGCGGCGGUGAUGGUAGCGGUGGCGGCGGUGGCGGUGGUGAGACGGCUGCGCCUGACCCCAUCAUUCCGCGGUUUGUUGCACAGUACAUACGUCUUUCGUCUCUCUUCUUGGUCCUGUAG